GACAGAUUUGUACUGGUGGAUUUAUCACACACACCCACCCAGUCGUAUAUACUUCUGAACUGCACCAGUAGUGGAUCUGCAAAAUUGUCGAAGACCAGGAACCAGUGGUGGUACAAAACAGUAACAAACUACUACUGGAGAGCUAACUGGUAAACUGAGUGAGACAGACGCAGCCUUCAUCAUGCCACGAGUGUUGAUAACUGGAGCAUCCGGACUUCUUGGUCGAGCAUUAGUGAAGGAGUUCACUAAAGCAUCUUGGGAGGUUCUAGGUCUAGCGUACAGUAGAGCUGGAGGUGUAUUGAAAAAAGUCGACCUCACUGACAGUCUGGCGGUCAGGAAUGUCCUUACUGAGUAUAAGCCAGCUGUAGUUGUUCAUUCAGCAGCUGAAAGAAGCCCAGACGUUGUGGAGAAACAAGAAGGAGUGGCGAGGAAGAUUAACGUUGAUGCCUCAUCACUCAUCGCCUCGAUCUGCGAUGAAAUUGGAGCCUAUAUGAUAUAUCUGAGUACUGAUUACGUGUUUGAUGGGAAGAAUGCUCCGUAUAAGCCCGGAGACCAACCGAAUCCUCUCAAUAAGUAUGGUCAGUCCAAACUGGAUGGAGAAGUUGCUGUACAAAAACAUGAAUGUUCAGCAACUCUGCGAGUGCCAGUGUUAUACGGCGAUGUUGAAUACUUGGAAGAGAGUGCAAUAACCGUCUUGUUCAAAGUACUACUUGAUACGAGUCAACCAGCGGCCAUAUGCGACUACCAGCUACGUUACCCUACCCACGUACAAGAUAUCGCUGCAGUCUGCCGGCAAAUGGCGGAUCUAUAUAUGAAGAGUCCGUCAGCUGUGAAGGGUAUCUUUCAUUGGUCAAAUGAUGAGCUGGUGACCAAAUAUUCCCUGAUGACCAUGAUGGCCGAAAUCUUUCAUAUCAAGAGCGAUCACAUAACGGCCAAUAAGGAGCCCACGGGAACACCGAGACCAUACAACUGCCAAUUGGACACCACUGCUCUGUCUGAUCUAGGAAUUGGGCAGAAAACUAAGCUGAGAGAAUCAAUUGAAGCGUGCCUUCAGCCAUAUUUUAAAAAAUAAGUAGAAAUGCGGCCCACUCAAUUUGUGCCUUAGGCCAGUUUAAGAUUUGCCCUUGACUUUUUAGCGACUGGCCAGCACAGAGCUGCUUAAACAUAAAAAGUAGCAACAAAAUCAUGCCUUACCAGAAUAAGGUUACCAGCCAAACUACCAUGUCACAAGUACUAGUUGUGGCUGGUAUUCCGCUCAUUUAUGCUUACGGGGAAAUUUGUUAAGCAACAUUUUCUGGUUAAGCUGCUCUUUAAAAUUGGGCCCAGGACCAGCAAGCUUUUUAUUUCACAGUUCCAUCAUCUUUUUCACUCGUUUCAUUCAAAUAAAAUAGGGACGUUUUUCAACUCUGGUGUAGCCAGCUGAAGCACUUGGAGUGAAUUGUGACUGGCCGUCUGGUGUUUAAACUGCAUUUGACCAGUGGACCUGUGUUGGGGAAGAACGCUGGUAUAUUACUAAAUUAAUAGCAACAAUUUAUUAAGCUCGAAAUCCAUCAAAAAAACAAUGCUCUAUGGCGCUUACAAAGUAACAUUAAAAAAAAACAAUUUAAACACAAAGUCAUUAGGUUUGGUAAACUAAUUCUAAGUAUUUUGAAAUUUGAUUGCAGCUUACAUGUAUAGUGUAUAUUUUUCAAUGGAUUAGGCAUUUGGCUGUUUAAUUAAUUGAUUAACCAAAGGUAACUGCAAAUUUAAAAGAUAUUUUAAAUCCAGUGUAUACUUUUGGUAUUUGUCAAGACCAGUACGGUCAUUUGGUAUAUCCCAACA